CAACUCUGCUGCCACCCUCAGCCCCGAGCCUCUGGACGAUCUGCCAUCUGAGUGCAGGUUGGGUUUUGCACUUCUCAGGACUUGGGUCCAGCCACAGGGUCAGAGGCGCUGCGGGAUUUGUAAACUUGUGAUAAGAAUUAGCCCUCGGGGUCUCCUCUCGUCUGUUUGAUAUUUAUAAGCCGGCCUCUCCUCCGGGGAUUACAACGAAAUACCGUCAUGCCUCUGGGAACACCUGCCCCACUGUUCAAGCGGAAAAAGCUCUCAAAGAUCAUCACCGACCUCUCACACAUCACUCAGGAUGAGUAUGACUCGGAGCCGGAGGCCUCUGAGUUCGACCUGGGGAACAAGAUCAGGAGUCCCAAAGACAUCAUGCUGGAGGAGCUCUCCCUGUUGAAGAACCAAGGCUCCAAGAUGUUCAGGAUGAGGCAGAAGAGGAUGGAGAAGUUCAUCCACGAGAACAACCCCGACGUCUUCUGCAGUGAGUCGAUGGACAACCUCCAGAAGUUUGUUCCCUCUACGGGGGGUCAGAUUGGAAGUGACAUGAUCACCGUCGGUGGGCAUUUUGUGAGCAAGCAGACCGGACAUGUGCACUAUGGAGCGAUGCAGACUGGAGGAGGACCCCCCGUGCCUCCUCCAAAGCCUGGAAGAAAACAUGCAGGAGCUGGAGGAGCUGGAGGUGCAGGAGGUGCCGGAGGUCCCGGAGGAGCAGGCGGAGCAGGAGUUGGCGACCAAGGGAAAGACGGAAAAGAAGGUUCUGUUGGGUGGUCUCCAUUAAAAGGAGGUGGAUGUGAUGAUGCAACCAAAAUUACUCUGAAGGGCUACAUGUCUCCAUGGGAGAAGGCCAUGAAGGGAGAUGAGAAUCUGAUAGCUACUCUCAAGGCAGGAAUGCCCGGCCCCACCGACCGAAAGGAUCUGCCCAAGUACAAAAGCUUCAACAGGUUUGCCAUGCCCUUCGGCGGCUUCGAUAAGGCCAGCCAGUUUAUGAAAUUCCAGAUGCCAGAAGCCGAGGCGACCGAGCCUGAGGCCCCAGUGGUGUACCAACAGGAAAUCGGAUGCCGGCCUUCCUUCAACCGCACUCCUAUUGGCUGGAUGGGCAGCAGCGAGCCCAGCGGCAUUCACAUGGAGAAUGAUGUGGAGCACUUCGAUGGAGAGACCGACGAGCUGUGAAAAGAUAUUCAUGCUGUGAUAACACGCACUGUGCACACACGCAGGCAUGAAUGCAUGCACACAUGUUAGCAUGCACACACAUGAUAGAUGAGCUUACAGUUCACUGUUAUACUGAUGAAUUUGAAUCUCUCAAUGUGGAUCUCUGAAAGCGUACAAGAUGUAUUUGGUUGUAGGGCAAAGAAACAAGUUUAGAUCUUACAAGGAGAUGAAACAUCACACGUCUAUUUAUUAAAUUGACUAGUGGAGUCUAAUAACUCCUUUAAUUUGUCGGAAAAGUUUUUGUUCGCGGUGAGAAGUUGCAGAUUGUGUCGAUGAGGAAAGAAUGAAUCAUGUGAGAAGGAUAGAUUUAUGCUAUAUUACUGUUGGGCAAGCCGUCUGUAUUUGUUUUUAACCAGUGCCUCUUUUUGUCGUUAAGAUUCUCUUAUCUUUUGUUGGGCUAUGAAAACGCUACAAACCUGUGGAAUUCAGGAUGCAUGCAUAGUCAGUUGCUCAUUCACCAAUCAACACUUUCUCCACAAUAAACCAUUUAAAAUAAAUCAUGUAACACUUUGAAAAUAAACCAUGUAUCAAUCCUCUUGCAGAGGGGUGCAGUGUCAGGAGAAAUCAUUGUUUGUGUGUGAAAAUUCUUAUUUAAAUAAAUGCCUGUACAACCUCCA